UUGGUUCCAUCAAUUAUGAGUAACUUGCUAAAUCCAGAUGCUAUUUUUUCCAACAAUGAAAUGAGUCUGUCAGACAUUGAAAUCUAUGGCUUUGAUUAUGACUACACGUUGGUCUUCUAUUCUAAACAUUUGCACACGUUGAUCUUUAAUGCUGCUCGGGAUCUUCUUAUUAAUGAACAUCGGUAUCCUGCAGAAAUAAGGAAGUAUGAUUAUGAUCCCAGUUUUGCAAUACGAGGACUUCAUUAUGAUGUACAUCGGGCAUUAUUAAUGAAGAUUGAUGCUUUUCAUUAUAUCCAGUUGGGAACAGUAUACAGGGGUCUCAGUGUUGUUCCGGAUGAAGAAGUCAUUGCAAUGUAUGAUGGUUCCCAUGUCCCGUUGGAACAAAUGAGUGACUUUUAUGGAAAGAGCUCACAUGGAAACACAAUGAAACAGUUCAUGGAUAUAUUCUCUCUGCCAGAGAUGACUCUCCUUUCCUGUGUGAAUGAAUAUUUUCUGAAGAACAACAUAGACUAUGAGCCUGUUCAUCUGUACAAAGAUGUCAAGGAUUCAAUUAGGGAUGUACACAUCAAAGGAAUAAUGUACAGAGCAAUUGAGGCAGAUAUUGAAAAGUACAUUUGCUAUGCUGAGCAGACCCGUGCAGUGUUAGCGAAGCUGGCUGACCAUGGCAAGAAAAUGUUUCUCAUCACGAACAGUCCAAGUAGCUUUGUGGACAAGGGUAUGAAGUUCAUAGUUGGAAAGGACUGGAGAGAUCUUUUUGAUGUUGUCAUUGUACAGGCUGACAAGCCAAACUUCUUCAAUGAUAAGAGAAGACCUUUUCGGAAGGUGAAUGAAAAGGGAGUGUUGCUUUGGGACAAAAUUCACAAAUUGCAGAAAGGCCAGAUAUAUAAGCAGGGUAACUUAUAUGAAUUUUUGAAGCUUACUGGCUGGAGGGGUUCCAGAGUCCUGUAUUUUGGUGACCACAUUUACAGUGAUCUGGCAGAUUUGACUCUGAAGCAUGGCUGGCGCACUGGUGCUAUUAUUCCAGAGUUACGAUCAGAGAUUAAAAUCAUGAACACAGAGAAAUACAUUCAAACCAUGACUUGGCUACAAACCCUGACUGGAUUACUGGAGCACAUGCAGGUCCAUAGAGGUCCAGAUUCUCAAAUGGUUUUAGAAGAAUGGAAAAAGGAAAGAAAAGAAAUGAGGGAAACUACCAAGAACUUCUUCAAUUCACAGUUUGGGAGCUUAUUCAGAACCGACCAGAAUCCAACCUAUUUUCUACGGCGGUUGUCUCGAUUUGCUGAUAUUUACAUGGCAUCACUCAGUUGUCUCUUGAACUAUGAUCCCAACUACACAUUUUAUCCAAGGAGGACUCCUUUGCAGCAUGAGCUCCCUACCUGGUCAGAUCAGCUGUGUACUGGGCAUAACUUGUUUCCAACCAUGAUCAUCAGGUAAAUGAAAUUUUGCUGACCAAAAGUUGGUUUUUUCUUCUUUUUUUUAAAUCUUUUUUCCCUUUCCUUCCUCCUCCCCUCCCCUGUCUCCUCCUCCCCCAGCCUUUUCCACUCAUUAAUAUUUGUGUGUCUGGAAUGUUUUUCACAUGCAAUAUUUUUCAAAUUCUAAAAAGCAUGUUUGCAAAGUGAAGGAUGUGUUUUAAAACCACUUGUAUAAUUCCAAAUGUCCUGGAUGCUUGAAGUAAAUCUGUUGCUGGCCUGGAGGUUGGUUAUGAUGUUCUUGUUCACAGUUUUCUUGAGCUUGUUUUCCAAGCCUGAAGAACAACACCCUAAGUGUUCUCUCUCUCUCACACGUUGAAAUGCAUGAGUUUUAAUUUGAUGGGGAGGAGGAUGAAUCUCGAUUGAUCCUUAGUCUAGCUUUACCAGGUGUGUUUUUGCCUAGAUUAUACAAGAUCUCUUUAAGAGAAAUCUAUUUUGUGUGCUGAAAUUUGUGGGUGGCAGAAUCCACAAUUUAGUUUUCAGGACUUUAUUAUCAUAAUGCUAAGCUAGAACAGAAGCUUUGAUUGUAUUACUCCAGGGAUCUCAAAACACUUUUUCAAUGAUUGUAUUCUAGAGUAUAACUAGUUAAUGAAGCAAUGAAGGCACUAUGUUUUUUCCAUCUGACUGAAUGGUGAAUGUCAUAUUUAAAAAUUGUGCAUUGUCACAACUUUUUGGUGCUUAUGCUCUUGAUGUUAACACUUAAUGUUUAGUCUCUUUAAAUCUGGUUUAAAAGUCAGUCCUGAUAUACUGGUCAUGUGUUAAACAAGAACAAUUAAAUAGAUAUUGUAUGGGAAGAUUUUGUUGGUAAAUCUGUACUGUGCAUUGUUUCAAGUCUAAUUUCAUAACUCAGUAAAAUAUUAUUGUUCAUAGCUAUUGAGAGCUGUGAGAGCAGCUAAGUUUAAAUUUUUAGCAUAUUGCAUGAUUUCUUUAAUAUAUACUACACACAAGUUUUAGUGAUGGGGGAUUCAUAUUUUUCAGCAAACAGUAAAAUAUGAGUUUGACAAGUUUAUUAAGUAUUCACAUAUUUAUAUUUUCAGUGCUAGAAUACUUUUCUUAUUUUGGCAAAGCUUUAAAAAUGUUUAGUUUUUCUAACUGCCUCAGCUCUUUAACUAUGUAGCUCUGCUUUCUGUGCUAAUUACUUCUUUAACACUUUCAUUGCUGACUUCAUGCAGAUUUUACAGCAUGUUUAAAGGACAGUGUCCCUUUUAACUUUUGAAGCUUAUUUCAGGUGAACAUCAAAAUGAGGUGAAUUGUUUAUAUCUAAUCUAAAUUGGUAAUCCAGAAAAUUUAAUCUUCUGAUCUAGAGGAAAAAUAAAGUUUGGUUAGUAAAACUGUAUAAGAGUGUAACCAUUAUGAUAAACUAUUUCAUUUUGCCACAAUAAAAAAGUUCUUGUGUUU